AUGAGAGAGAUUGACCAUUUCAUGGAAAGCAGAGAAAAGAAUAUCAAUUAUGAAAACGAGUAUCCAAAAAGUACACAUGGGAUAUACGAUUCCAAGCCCAUUAUUGAUGGAAAUCAGCCUUACAUACAUCCGUACUACUUCUUUGGGCCAAGUUUUUUGGAGAAUAGGAUUCCAAUUCAUCAGGAAAAAUAUAGGUAUAUCGCCGAGCAGGAAAACCAAUUCUGCCAUCCAAUGGACAUCUUUGAGUCUUCUAUAAGGCAGUCUGAUCAGGAAAGGAUAAAAAGCAUAUGGAAAAAAGAAAGAAAUCGGAUUGCAGCCAAAAGAUGGAGGGACAAGAGAAUAGCUCAUCUAAGGGAACUUGAAAGAAAGGAAGGUAUAAUGAUAUGUGAGAUAUCUGAGCUGAAGGAGGCUAUAUACGAUUAUGACAAUAUCCUGGAGAACAUUCUCCAGUACAUUCAAGAAUGCCUGAACAUGGAGGAAAGACAUGAGAAUCUCGUCUUUUUGCUGAAUCGUCUUUGCAACCUCAAAAAGUUCAGCACCCCAAAACCGGUCUAUCUUCGUGAUAUUAGCCAUUUAUUUCCAAAGAAUCUAAGCGUAACAAACGAGAGGAUAGACAAGGUAACAGAAGCAAUACGCUGUUCUCUCAGCAAGCUUCUCGGAAAAGAUUAA